UUUAUCUUUCCUCUUACUCCACAUAUUCAUACAAUAACAUAAUGGCGACUGUAAGGCCUUUCAUCCUUAAACGACCCCUUGGUGUCUUGAUAACUGGCUCAGUUCAUCAACAGCCUUUUGCUGUUUCAAGAAUUAUUUUUUCUCAAUUACCUAAACGUACCUAUGUUACUCAUCAGGAUAAACAGAUCCUUUUACGUGAUCAUGGUGUAUUUGCUAACUAUGUUCCACCCGAACAAACACCUUCCAUGUUCACUGAUUUUACCAAAUGGCGUUUAACUAAGUGGAGAAAUUUAAAAAAUAGUGUACAAAACCUAUUAAGUGUGGGCUUGAUUAAACAUAAAUCUUUAUAUGAAAAAUGGAAUUCUCGCAAGUUUCUUUCUGAAGCAAUAGAAACUUAUAAAGAUAUGAACGAUGCAUUCGCAAGGGGUGAUCGUGCAAUAUUGGAAGAAGUAUGUUUAGAUUCUAUGUAUUCUAACUUAAAAAAUCAAUUAAAGCAUCGUAAUAAUGCUCAUUGGGAAUGGAGAUAUCACGGUGAUGUAGAACAACCUAAGAUUGUUUGCGUACGUUGUUUAGGUACUACAGGUCUUAGUAAGCAUGGCUUUUCCAUUGGUCAAGUAACAGUAAAAAUGUUUACAAAGCAAUCUAUGGCAGUUUAUGACAAAAAGAAUAAACUAAUUGGUGGUGACCCUAACAAGAUUCAUAAUGUAUUAGAGUAUGUUAUUUUCCAAAAGACUAUUUCUGAUCCCGAAGAUAUUUGGAGAAUCUAUGGUAAAAUUGCAGCACCAGAAAAGAUAAGUAAUAGCACUGGUGGUAAUGCUGCUGCUUAGUUUCAUAUGUAAUAUUAGAAAAAUAAUAUAAAAAAUAAACAAAUAUAAAGUCUUUUUAAUUAUUUUAAA